UUUAAAUUAAAAUAAUAGUGAUUUUUGCUAUUUCAGUUUUAUGUUUAAUACACAUGUACAGACAAAAUGAAGUUAAUAUUUUUGAUAUCUCUGACGGCGUGUGUAUUCACUACAAUACAUGGACUCAAAUGCUUUCAAUGUACAAAUGCUCGACGUAACAUUGACUGCAAAAGUAUUGUAACGUGCUCAUGGGGAUCACUGGGAUGCGAAAACGAAAUUCGUUUGCAAAAUAAUCAAAUAUAUAUAUCGAAACAUUGCAAACAAUAUAAUGCGUGCAAGGCUAAUUUGAAAAACAAUUACGGGCAAUGUAAUCCCAGAACACUGCUAAAAGCAGCAAGGUCUGGUGUGCACCUGGAACCUUCACAAACGAGCAGUUUUUGUCGGUCAUGCUGCAAGGGAAAUUUAUGCAACAGGAAGCCCUUUACUGAACUGUCUGUAGCAACCAGCAAAAAGAAAGGCAUUGGCAGACAUAGAAUGCUUCUUCCUCCGAUAGCUGACGUAGAAUCCAUUCUGACGUCACCUACUUCUGCUCUCAUUACUUUCACAGAUCCAUCGGAUACCCCGGGGGCAAGCUAUUACAUCACUCUCACUCCUUCAGAGAGAGUUGAAAUCACAGCAGUACGUGGCAGUGAAAUACCUAACGUGAAAUUCAACGAUACCGUACCGGAAAAUGUAAUUGCUUAUAUCGCAACUGGACUCUCUGGAGGAACCCGAUACAAAGUUAACAUCAUCAAAAAGGUCGGCUUCAGUCGAUUUGCUCAAGGAAUAUUCGACACAUUCGUAACGAACCCGAUGCCUUUACAAGGCCUCGAAGCGACUGAAUACAACACUGAUUCAGUUGUCAUUGAUGUUGGAAAACCUCAAGUUUACAAAAGUGACAAGUUUGACAGCAUUCAUGUUACGUACAGAAAAGCAAGCGACCCAGAGGAGAAUGAACAACGCUAUCCACCUUUCACUAGGCCGCAAAAAAUUCGACUAACUGAUUUAGAACCAUCAACAGAAUACUUCAUAUCAGUUUGGACGAGUUUAGAUGGACCAGAUGGAAAUCCCAACUUCCUAUCGGACCGUGUCAAUCUGACUGUUUUUACAAAGGUACCAUCUGUUAUGGAAACUGUAUUGCUGAACCACCACGCUACAAACCUGACAUGGAUGUUCAAGACCUCACACAAGGGUGUCAAAAGAACGCAAAAAGAAUUUGUGGUCACAGUCCGAGAUGAUACUGACGGCAUCUUCAUUGCUGAAAAAAUUCUUGGCGGAGCAAAAAGAACGUUCACUAUGACAAACUUGAUCCCAGAAAACUAUUACACUUUCACUGUUAAAGCCAAAACAGACGGCCGUUACUCUGAGGUAGUGAGGCACGCUCCUGUUAGAACUGUGACACGUUGUUAUGGAUGCAUUGAAGCCACGUCGCGCAAUGAGUGCAUGGAAAUCGUUGAAUGCGCGCCCGAGUCGCGUGGUUGCCUCGUGGAAUUGAGAUCUCGAUCUUACGGAAAAUCGGCAUUUUCGCGAAGAUCUUUCAGAGCGACAAUGAAAUGUAAACAAGUGACAGCGUGUGACAAACAAGAAGAUCAAAACCUUUCUGAUCAAUGUGAUCCAACUAACAGAAGAAAACGAAACGUGAGUCCGCCCGAAGUUUGCAGAUGCUGUUGUGAGGGCGACCUUUGUGAUGGACCUGGUACUGAAUGCGGAAAAUUGCUGGGAUGGCUCGAUCCAGUCGCUGAUAGACCAAUAACAACGCAAACUCCGGCAGUGUUGUGUAAAAAACUCCAAGCUCCUCGUGACGGCAAAAUAUCUUGCACAGAAGGACAGAAUACCCUUGGAACGAAAUGCAAAUUCACGUGCGAUUCCGGCACCUAUCUUCUGGGAAUUGGUGAAACCGAAUGCUUACCGGGUGGUACAUGGAGUCACCGAAAUCCUGUUUGUCGCCAAGCUAAAAAAUGUCCACCAAUCGAAACCACUUUCAGUUUAUAUGCUAAAUGCACAAGAUUUAACAGGCCAUUUUCAAAAUGCCAAAUCAAUUGCCGCCCUGGUUUUAUUCGAUUUGGAAGAUCAACUGUAGUGUGUAAACCGACAGGAUUGUGGACUACUUCCAACACACGUUGCGUGCAAAGAGAUGAAUGCCAACCAAAUCCGUGCGUAAAUGGCGCAAGAUGUCAAGACUUCGUUAACGAUUUCGAAUGUCAUUGUCGGCCAGGCUUCUACGGCGAAUUGUGCGAGCGGGAACGUGUUUGUGAAGCUUUAGUUCAACCUGAUAAUGGAAUUUUGCAAUGUACACUUGGUAACAAGUUCGGUUCAAGAUGUCGCUAUAAUUGCGAUCCUGGUUACAGCAUGCAUGGUGCAAAAUACACAAAAUGCGACAGAACUGGUUUAUGGACUGGUGGAGAUCCCACCAUGUGUGUGGUAAACAAAUGCGAAGUUAUACCACAGAAUAUUGUGAACGGCGGAAAGUCGGAUUGUACUGGUUACGCCUACAAUGACACCUGUACAUUCACGUGCCCUAGAGGUCUUAGGAUAGCUGGCGGACCCUCUGAAAUUACGUGCGGCAUGGAUUCCAAGUGGACCAAUGACUUGCCUUGCUGCGAUCUACCAUGCCCACCCUACGCCAAAGUUGAUGUCAUUUUAGUUUUGGAUUCUUCGUCUUCUGUGGGAAAGCCAAGUUGGAAGGAAUUAAUCAAAUUUACUGCUGCUUUGUUGGAUAGAUUUGUCAUUGGGAAAAGGGACAUGCGCGUCGGUGUUUUAAGAUACAACAAAAGAGUUGACAAGAGUGAAAUAGAUAUGGGUGACUACAGAAAUUUGGAAGAUCUAAAGCGAAAAAUACGGAAAAUACCGUACAAUGGGGGCGGUACUAAAACUGGAAAAGCCUUGCAACAUGUUUUCGACCACAGUAUAAAGGUACCUGGAAAUCGACCCGGAGUUCCCGAUAUUGUUAUCGUAAUCACUGAUGGGCUUGCUAGUGAUAGCGUCAAACCACCAGCUGAUGCAUUGAAACGCACCGGAGCAAAGAUUUACGUCGUGGGGGUCAUUAACAAGGCCGAUAUUGUUAAUGUGAAACAGUUAGAAAAAAUGGCGUCAGGGCCAAAAUAUUUACAAAUUAUCGACGAUGGGUAUGCGAAACUUGUCGAAAAACUCACUCAGCAAUUAGUCGCAGAUGUAUGUUGGCUGCCAUGUAAAUUUAAAUACGAGCAACGAGAACUCAUUGAACGCAACCGCAUGAGAGCUUCGGCCAGAAUCGAAAGACAAGAGGAAAAAUACUGGGAGCAAUUUGAUAACGGACAUAACAAAACGAAGAAUCCAUUCCCAGCGGUUCAGGCGGGAGUAUCAGUUCCGAAAAGAAAAAUCGGUUCUCCAAUAAAAAAGAGCGCAGGAGUUUGAAAAUUUAAAAAGCAAAAAAUUAUUCAAAAUGACUAAAAAUAUUGUCGACAUUGUUUUAAAAGAAAAGAUCACGACGACAGACUUUGCCAAAUUCUGCAGAAGGAGCAGUUUUUUUUUUCAUUUCAAAUGUUUAGACAUUAUACAUUUUUUAACCGUUAUCUCAGACUUUUUUUGUAAAUCUACGAAGAAACCAUUUUGUCCCAUGUAAAUGUCAUAUCAUUUUUGUGGCAUUUUCAACCUAAUACGCUCAGCAAAGUCAAAGAUAGACUGGCUUCCGAGCGCUGUGUUAAACACCUAUUCCACGAAUGGAUUAUGUAGGUAUAUGUUACAUUUCUAUGCAACAAUCGUAAGAGAUUCCUCCGUUCCAAUGACUUUCUUGUACUCGCGUUGUUUUAACAUUUUUUUUGUUAACGAAAAGAAUAUCCUCGUAUACUAAGCAGGUCAUAACGUCAGAUAUUUACUCUUGAUGUUUUGUUUUAUUAGUUUUAAAUUAUAUUGUUUUUUGAUUGAAUAAAUUCUUAUUUCAACAUAUU